CUGUAUAGAGAGCACACUGUGGGGGAGAGAAAAGUGUUUUCAGUUGCCAAUGUAGCAGAGUCUCUGCGUGCGUGUAGUGUUUGUGAUUGCGCAUGAGAGAGAGAGAGAGAGAGAGAGACAACCGUUUUUGGUGUGGCUUGAGGCAGAGAGCGCGUGAGUAAGAAGAGUGUGAGGGCGGGAAAACACUCGGGAUUCCUUAAAAGUCGCUUUCUGACUGGUGUAUUUCAAGUUGCAGAUGCCGACAGAUGUGCUCAAAGACAGUAUCAGUAUCGAGGAAACACUGGUGAAGUGUGAUAGUAUGACUCUGUCCAGUGCCCCGCCUUUACGCAGAGGAAGUACCCCUCUGCCAAUCAAACACCAGCUCAGACGGGAAGAAGCUGUUCAUGAUGAUUGUGAUUGGACAUCAGGGUUGGCUGGACCUUCUCCUCCUCCAAUCAGUUUCAGCCUGGCGAAGGAUGAGACCAUCACCUCAGCAGUAGAGGGGAGACCCCCCUCUGAAGGGCCCUUUCGAAUUGCCCUGCUGGGUCAGAAUGGGGUGGGCAAGUCAUGCCUUGCUAUCGCCUUGGCUGGGGAUUUGGAUCGAACUGCAUCUGUGGAUUCUGAAGGGGAGGGCUAUGUGCACACUGUUACCGUGGACGACGAGGACUGCACCAUCCUUAUCUACGACAACUGGAGGCAGGACCUGUCUGAUCUCCAGUGUGAGGUGUGUGUCCUGGUGUUCUCUGUGACGGACAGGCGGAGUUUCCACCGCACCGCCCAACUCCGCCUCCUCCUCAGGGAGACGCAACCGCAAACUCCCAUCAUCCUCGUGGGCAACAAGAGCGACCUGGUCCGUUCACGUGAGGUCAGCACUCAAGAGGCCCUCACCAGCGCUUCUCUGUUUGACUGUCUAUAUGUAGAGAUGUCCGCCUCUCUGGAUCACCGCACGGCAGAGCUCCUGGAGUAUGCUGUGAGGUUAGCCAGGGGCCUCAGCCCGGUGCCUCCAGGGGCCUGUGGGCACGACAUGGCUGGCGGCCGGGAGAGCAUCACCCACCGUGCCAAGCGUUUCCUCACUAGCCUGGUCCCACGCUACCCCCGCGAGAGGGAACGAGACGGGGGCAAGUUCUUUAGACAAAAGUCCCGGUCCUGCCAUGACCUGGGUGCCCUGUGAUCAGGGAUGAUGGAAGGGAUAGAAAGAGAGAGGGUUGGCUAGAAAGAGAGAGGGGUGGCUAGAAAGAGAGAGUGGUGGCUAGAAAGAGAGAGGGGUGGCUAGAAAAAGCAAGAGGGAAAUAAGAUGUAAGUAAUCGCAAAAUAGAGAUGGAUUCGAAGAGGUAAAUUAUGGUAAUGAGAAAAGUGAGUGUCAAUGUGUGAGUGUAAAAGAGAGUGAUGGGAAGAGGAUACAGUUGUGGGGGAUGACACAUGCAUAAAGCAGAGAAGAGCAGGAAGAGAGAAUGGCAUUAAAGAAGAGAUGGAUGUUUCUGGGUUUAUUCAUGUAAAAAUGUUGUACUAGAGAGCCAUAGGUGAUAGAUAGAAAACCAUCCAUUAGCUGUUGAACACCUGUAAAUACAACACAAAGCAUCAUACUGUAGUGGUGGAAUUGAUUAUCCACCUCUAUUCCCAUGUGAUUUCAUUGAGGAUCAAAUAAAAUAGUUAUAGAAGUCA